AUGAUGCUGGAUGGGCGGGCAGCUGUAAUAUAUACUUCUCAUCUCUUCUUGUGUUUCUCAGUGCUGGAGGACUUGGUACUGAUCCCAGUGCACACCAAGCCUGACGAUUCACUGAAGGAGCUGGAUGAGCUUUAUGAUGUCUUCCUGGAAGUGACAAAGAAAUGGAAGACUGAUAACGUUAUGAUCCUAGGUGACUUCAAUGCAGACGGUUCCUACCUUUCUAAAAAGGGCAUGAAAGCCAUCCGUAUCCGCAGUGACGAAAAGUUCCACUGGCUGAUUAAAGAUGAUGUGGAUACCACAGCAAACACAGGCAACGAUAACACUUAUGACAGGAUUGUGAUCUAUGGGGAUGACAUGCUUGACGCCGUCGUGCCAAACUCUGCCAAACCAUUCAACUUCCAGAUUGAAUAUGGGCUUUCUGAAGAAGAUGCCCUGAAGGUGAGCGACCAUUACCCUGUGGAGGUAGAGCUGAAAAGGAAAACACCAACAGAACAGAGCUCUGCGACUGGGAAAUAGAACCCUGUACAUGGACAGGAGGAUGGAGGAAGUGAGUGAAGAGGUGAUGGAGAUGGAGAAGAAGCCUUAUCCAACCAGAGAAGCUGAAUUUAGAGAUACUGGUGCUGAAGAUUCGGAUGGUCAAGCUUAGGAACACUUACGUUGAUCUGUGAUUAAAUCUUACCACAAUACUAGUCAUAUUAAUACUGUAUAUCAUGUUUGUAUGUCUAGUGUAGCUACUGAUCUAAUACUGAUGUGUAUCUUGACAGAAUCUCAAAUAAAGAUGAUGGAGUGAAAA